CUUGCUUCCCUCCCUUUGAAGGGAAGAAAUUCCCACUUUUACCAAGAGUUCUGAAAAUGCUCUGAACCACCUCUCUUCGCCUUCCCUCUUCUUUUUCCAAAUAACUCUCCAUUUUUUAGCUUCGAAAAGGUUUUCUACUUGCAGCCGAAACCAUUGGACUAACCCAUUGGAUUGUGAAAACUAUCGAUUCAGCUGUUGGGUUUCCCCCAUUGACCACUGAACCGCUCCAGAAUACGAUUUUCUGUAUUUUAGUACUCUCUCUUUUGUACUUCACGCCUUUUCCGUUUGGUUUGUCCCUUGAAAAGCUUUCUUCGGGGUCGUUUUCUUAUUGGGUCGAUUUUGAAAGAAGAAAGUUAUAGUGAGUUAUGUCUUGCACCACUUUUAACCUUGGAGGAGGAUCCUUUAAGUUGUGUAGCAUUGACAGGGGCAGCCAGAUUAAGAAUCGUGUCCGAUUCUUUAAUGGGUUUGUGCCCAAUGGCCGAUGCAAUUUAGUCUCUAACUCUGCAAGUUCUUUCUCUGUUGGAUCCCUCAGCUUUAAUUCUCUUCCACCUAAGGAUUCUCGCUUCCACAAUCGCUCACGUUUCUCAUAUCAUGUCAUCAAUUGCUCUAUUGUAAGCUCAGAGGUGUCAACCUCUUCUAAUAAAGUCGAUGAUGAACGAGUUGUUGUAUUGGUGAUUGGUGGAGGAGGGAGAGAACAUGCGCUUUGCUAUGCAUUGCAGCGAUCUCCUUCCUGUGAUGCUGUGUUUUGUGCGCCAGGCAAUGCUGGGAUAUCGAGCUCGGGCUAUGCCACUUGUAUUCCUGAGCUCGACGUCUCCGAUAGCGAUGCUGUCAUUUCGUUCUGUCGGAAAUGGAAUGUAGGAUUGGUUGUUGUAGGUCCUGAGGCCCCUCUUGUUGCAGGGCUUGCAAAUGAUUUAGUGAAGGCUGGGAUUGCUACUUUUGGCCCUUCAGCUGAGGCUGCUGCUUUGGAAGGCUCCAAAAAUUUCAUGAAGGAUUUGUGUAAUAAAUAUGGAAUCCCCACUGCAAAGUAUCAAUCAUUUACCGACGCUUCUGCAGCAAAGCAAUAUAUUCAAGAACAAGGCGCUCCAAUAGUCAUCAAAGCCGAUGGAUUGGCUGCUGGAAAAGGAGUUAUUGUUGCUAUGACAUUGGAGGAGGCGUAUGAAGCAGUUGAUGCAAUGCUUGUGGAGGGUGCUUUUGGUUCUGCUGGUGGUCGUAUUGUUGUUGAAGAAUACCUGGAAGGAGAAGAGGCAUCUUUUUUUGCUCUUGUAGAUGGAGAGAAUGCCAUACCCUUAGAAUCUGCCCAGGAUCAUAAAAGAGUUGGGGACGGUGACACCGGACCCAACACCGGUGGCAUGGGUGCUUACUCUCCAGCUCCUAUCGUGACGAGGGAACUUCAAAGUAUAGUUAUGGAUUCUAUAAUUCUGCCUACUGUAAAAGGAAUGGCAAAAGAGGGUUGCAAAUUUGUUGGGGUUUUGUUUGCUGGUCUGAUGAUUGAGAAGAAGUCUGGCUUGCCAAAGUUGAUCGAAUACAACGUACGCUUUGGAGAUCCCGAGUGUCAGGUGCUGAUGGUUAGGUUCCAAUCAGACCUUGCAAAAGUUCUUCUUGCUGCAUGUAGAGGAGAGCUAAGUGGGGUGUCACUGGAUUGGUCCCCGGGGUCUGCGAUGGUGGUGGUAAUGGCGAGCAAGGGCUAUCCCGGGGCAUACGAGAAGGGAACUGUGAUUCGAAACCUCGAAGAAGCAGAGCUUGUUGCUCCAUCUGUUAAGGUAUUUCAUGCUGGCACUUCUUUGGACCCUGAAAACAAUUUCAUUGCUGUUGGUGGGCGUGUUCUUGGGAUUACUGCAAAGGGCAAAGACAUCGAAGAAGCACGGGACAGAGCAUACCGAGCAGUCGAGGAAAUCCGUUGGUCGGGCGGGUUCUACAGGCGGGAUAUAGGGUGGAGAGCUCUAGAAAAACAAGUUUCUUUGAAGGAAUAGUGCACAGAUUUGAAAUUUUUGGCAUUUGGUUAAGAGUAUAGGAUCAUAUAUUAGUUCUCACAUCCUCAUGAAUAAAUUCACAGGCCCUACACUAUCUAUUUGUUACUGAUAUCUCCUGUUCUUGAGGGAAAAUUUGGGUUUUAUGUAAGUGGUGGAUGUUUUUCUAGCUU